AUGCCCAUUCCUCCCGGCCAUCAUGGCAAUCUGACGUCUGAGCAAGAAGCCAAACUCCGCGAGUUCUGGGUAGCCACCUUAAAUGUGUUUGGCGUGAAAGACCCCUAUGAGGGGAGCGGGGCAGAUACACCGCAAACCGAAGAUGCGCAGUCGGUUUCCGAGGUGAAUGCUAAAGACAAGAAGAAGAGCAAGAGGCGACUGGGACUGUUCAAACGACACGAAAACAAGGAGUCCAGUAGCGGCACUGCGACGCCAACCAAAGAUCCUAGCCAACUUGCCGAUGGCGACGACAAAUAUGGUCAAGUGAAGGACUUCCAGCAGAUCCUCGAAACCCAUAGCCCGGAGUCUCUGGGCGCAACCUUUUGGAGCAUGGUCAAGGCAGAUCAUCCCGACAGCUUGCUGUUACGGUUUCUGCGCGCGCGAAAGUGGGAUGUUGACAAGGCGUUGGUCAUGUUGAUCUCCACGAUGAGAUGGCGAAGUCACGAGCAACACGUCGACGACGAUAUUGUCUAUCGGGGAGAAGGAGGGGCGGUGGAGGACAGCAAAUCCAACGACCCCGCGGUUAGGAAAGAGGGCGAAGACUUCCUUACCCAGCUACGGUUAGGGAAGAGCUUUCUGCACGGGACCGACAGAGAAGGGCGGCCGCUCUGCAACGUUCGAGUAAGGUUACAUAAAGGGGGAGAACAGAGCGAACGAAGUCUAGAAAGGUAUACGGUUUAUGUGAUAGAAACGGCGAGAUUGACUUUGAGACCCCCCGUUGAGACAGCUUGUAUUAUAUUCGACAUGACCAAUUUCAGCAUGGCCAAUAUGGAUUACACCCCGGUCAAGUUCAUGAUCAAGGUAUUCGAGGCCAACUAUCCCGAGUCACUCGGAACCGUCCUCGUUCACAAGGCGCCGUGGAUCUUCCAAGGAAUCUGGAAGAUCAUUCGCGGCUGGCUCGAUCCCGUGGUUGCUGGAAAGGUCCAUUUUACGUCCAAUGUGGAGGACCUGGAGAAGUUUAUCGACCGAUCACACAUCAUCAAGGAACUGGACGGCGACGAGGAUUGGGAAUACCAUUUUGUCGAACCGAUCCCGGGCGAGAAUGACCCGAUCAAAGACGAAGCAGCGCGAAGCGCACUCGAGACAGAAAGGAAUAUCGAGGUUCGCGAGUAUCAGAAGAAGACAUUUCAGUGGAUCGCUAAAGGGUCCGGCCCGGAAGCCGACCAGAUUAAAGAAGAAAGAGACACGAUUGCACGUAAACUUUACGACAACUAUUGGAAGCUGGAUAAACACAUUCGAGCCAGAACGUACUACGAUCGGACCUCAAUGAUUUCAGCAGACGGGAAGGUCAACUUUUACCCUCCUCCGCCCGGGAAGGGAGAAAAUGCCAGUCUUGCGCCAUCCUCCAAUGUACCCGCCGACGAGCCUAGUGCAGACGAUGUGGAUUGA